UCGAUAUCUUAUAUAGUACAUCUUCCAGAGCCCUACAUUCCCCGCUCUGAAUUCUGAGUAUAUGUGCUCGCUGAAUUAGAAUCAAGUCACAAGGUUGUUCACGUUAUUUGUCUAAGAACUAAAUAUUCGAAGAUGAAAGCGCAGGUCGACGGCUGCACACAGCAAAACGAAAUCGACCAACGACUGGAUUGGGUAAACUUAAAACUGCGUAUAGAAGACUUAGUGUCCCAAGUUCUGACCGACUGUCUAUCAGAAGUGGCUGAAGAAUUGCUAAGACUCGAUGUUUUAAGAGCACGCGGAUUGAUUUGCCGCAUCUUGAUACGUUCAAUUUUAGAAUCGUCCAAACUCAAUCAGCUUUACGCCGCUAUAGUUUGUGUUGUGAAUCUGAAAAUCCCUGAAAUAGGAGAUUUACUUCUUUGUCGCUUGGUAUGUCUAUUUAAGAAAGCCUACUGCCAAAACAACAGACGAGUGGUUGUUCGUGUAGUUAAGUUCAUCUGCGAUUUAACUAUCCAAGCAGUGGUGGACGAGAUUCUAACCCUACAAAUACUACAAGUAUUGGUCGAAAAUUCCACUGAAGACAGUCUCUAUCUCGUUGAAUUAAUAAUUGAGAGUGUUGGAAGCUAUUUGAACAAGAUUUCGAAAAAUGCCCUAGACAUGAUCUUCGAGCGAAUGCGCCUAAUGCUUCAAGAAAAUCACCUACUGAUUCUUUCACAAAAACGAAUUACCAAUUGCUUAUUGAUGCGGCGUGACUGCCCGACCUUCCAGGUAGACCCGCAUCUACAAUUGGUACAGAAUGAGGCGAAGGAGACAUCCUUGAUUAACUUGUCACAGAAGUUAGACCCUCAAUCUCAUCUCAACUAUUUUCAUCUGUAUACACUGGCUGAACAUACUCAAAAAGUAGGCGAAGACACUCCUGCAGCACCAAAUCUUGCUGAAUGUCCUGACUUGAACUUGGAGUGCCACGUGAGCCCAGCUGUCAUAGAUAUGACGGAUGGUGAAUUAAUUCAAAAGCAAAGACUUGUUUACCUCACUAUUAUGUCCAGUAUGUCUCCAGAUGAGGCAGUGCACAAACUUCUUAAAGUCUCGAGAUCUGAAAAACUUGAUAAAGUGAUUUUGAUCGACAUGAUCGUUAAAUGUUGCGCUCAAGAAAAAACUUAUUCUAAGUAUUUCGGAGUGAUUGGAGAGAAAAUAUGCCGGAUAAAUGGGAUCUGGAAUCAAACUUUCAUCAAUCAAUUCAAGGAUAAGUACGACGCGAUCUAUCAAUACGAAGGGUCGCAGCUUCGAAACAUAGGCAAGUUUUUUGGCCAUUUGAUUGCAGUAGAUAGUCUAUCCGUUUCUGCUACACUAGGCCAUAUUAUUUUGACUGAGGACAAGACUAACAGUGCGAGUAGAGUUUUUAUCAAAUUUUUGUUUCAAGAAAUGGUGGAAGAGCUAGGUGUUGAGGAGAUCAAGUCUUUAUUGCUUGAAAAUUCGAUUCGACAAACUUUGCGUGGGUUAUUUCCAUUGACUAAUGUUCUGGCUGAUGAUUCGAGUCAUUUAAUGUUUUCGAUCAAUUUUUUCACCGCAAUCGGGCUUGGAAUAUUGACAGAAGAGAUGAGAUGCAUUCUUGAAGAGCUACGGCUUGAGGCAAGAGGAAGAAAGAGAUUCAGAAAAGACGAUUCGUCAUCCGACUCUGGAUCACUUUCUCGUUCGCGGUCUUUUUCGAGAUCAAGGUCUUUCUCGGAAUCCAGGUCGGGCUCGAGGUCCAAGUCUUUCUCCAGAUCCAGGUCGGCAUCUCGGUCUAAUGGCACAAGCUAAUGUUUUUAAAUAUAUUUGAUAAGAAGAAAGCGAAUAACGCGCUUUUCAUAUGCAAUUAAUCCUUGAUCUCUGAAAAAUUAUUUUUGACGGUUAAAUCAUUCCCUGCCGAAUUUUAUGGGGGGG